AUGCGAAAAAAUUCUCAUUCCUUGUAUCUACUGUCAUUUACACAAACCUGGGCUUUAACCAGAAAUGUGCAAUUUCUACAAACAAAGUUGAAGCCCUACCUUUCAAGAAUGGAUCUUGGUGAUGUUGUAUGGACCCUUACUCCAAUCCACGUAAAUGGCAACCACUGGGGUCUCCUGUGCCUAAAUAUAACACAGCACCAAGCAUUCUAUGAUGAUGGCUUAAAACAGAGUCCUCCUACCAACAUCAUUGAAUUGGCUGACAAUCUCCUGAAGGCUGUAUCAGAAAGCCAAUGGAAUAUCACCUUUCCAAUUCGGCGGUUUGGAAUGCCCAAACAGCCAUUAUUUGGAGAAGGUUGAGCUAGUUGUGGCAUUUGUGUGACCUUGGCAGUCUGAUUUCAUAGACAACCCUGCAGACAAUAGAAUUCCUCACUUGUACUUUCAUUGGAGUUUUCAUGAUAUCAUCGCCAGAGACUUCUUAUCGUUUUACACAACGGAAAUAAGUAAUCGAUAUAAAUAUCACCAUUGUAGAUUGUCUGCCUAUUUUAAGUGAAUUUUCCUUGAGAUACUGUUCUUGAACUGUGAAUGAAACUGGUUUUGACAAUAUUAUUGUUCUGAAUUAAUUUUUUCAAAUCUUUCAAUAAGAUACUUGUUAUUAGAAUGGAAAUGCUGUUGACAAUAUUAUUGUAAGGGUUUCCUCUCCCUCUUAAGGUUUACAGGCGGCACGCCCAAACUGCGGAGUUUUCACUAAAUUAAAUGUUUCAAAGCUUUCAAUAAGAUGCUUAUGAUAGGAAGAAUGAGAUUGAAUUCUAAAUUUUUUUCAAUUUUACCAAGGUCAACACCUUCACAUAAGUUAUUGUCUCAAUAGUAAUGUUGUUUGCUCUUGUUUAAGUUUUCAGGCAAAAGACAUGGCAUUGAUGUCCAGCUAAAAUUCCAAUGAAGAACCGAAUAAAAAAAAAAUCCUGCAGGUCAAACCAGGGAGUUUGACACUGCACUGACUGCAGGUGACAAAAAACAAACGGCUCCUUUAGGAGCCACCAUAUGUAUUAAAAGAUAAUGACCAAUCACAGAGUAGACCAGUAAGUGGUCAUUAAACUGUAUCAUUUUAAUCUUUAUGCCCUACUUUCAGCAAAGAUUGAACAGAUUUCAAAGCUGUUUUGUUGAGCACAAACUGAUUUUUUGCUGGUAAAAGCAGCUACUGAUUUGUUAACUAACAUUAACAUUAACUUGCUACAAUAAAAUUCAUAUAGGCUUUUCAAUUUCCUUUAACAGGUAAAAACAUCAUUUAGUAGAUUUAAAUAGCAUGUCUGUUUAGUUAGUGUCCAUAUUAGGUAAACUUUGCUUUUGUGGUUUUACUGAAGUUGCGUGAAGAAGUUGCAUUGUUUUGGUAGAAAAAAUUGAUGUUCUAUAUUUUCAACAAUGACUACACCUUCCCACAGAUACUAUUGUCUUCCAAGGUUAGUGUUUUAUGCUCUUUCCAGCUUACACUUUAGUGAAUAAUAUGAUAUCCAUGUCAAGCUUACAUUUCAAAUUAAAGAGGCAGAGAAAAAUAAAAAAGCAAAAUUAAGCUCUCUACAGGUCAAACAAGGAAGUUUGUCAAUUAACACUGCUCUUUGCAGGUAAAAAGUGGAAGAGAAACAACUUCCCAGAUAUUUCAGGGAAGUGAAGUCCACUUUAAAGCCAUUGCCUGAAUGUUUGAUCAAUAUUGAAUAGACUGCAAAUUAAAAAUACUGUUCAUAAAAAGAAGUUUCAAACAGUUACUUUUUUAAUAUAGAAUCUUGUUGAAAGUUUUCCAUUUCUUGUGGUGGAGUAUAGAUCUGGCCACCAGAUUACUUCUACCUCCCUAGUGGUCCGUCCUUGUCCUGGACCCACCUCCAAACUUGCUUUGGCUGUUAGACGUUUGGAUAAUAGAUCCCCUGACGACUCCUCAUUUCUGACAGUGCUCCAAAAACUACGGUUCUUGGUAGCCUGGAGUUCCUCCUGAGGGCUAAGGUCAGAUCUUUUCUCCACUUCCUGUAGGUCACUGUACCAGGCCGUAUCAUUUUAGUUUAAGGAGGGUUUGUUCAUGCAAUGCAUCAGUAAGUGAAGUGAGGCUAUACACUUUAUAGGAAACUCGCCUUGUUGAUGGGCAGUAAAAUGGAGGCUUCUUAUGAGGUACCUGCCUCAUGCUAUGCACCCUGCAUCUCAUUUGACAAGCUAAGUGCCCAAAGUACCUUUCAGGAACUUGUGGGAAUUGUAAAGUCACUCAACCACCUAGAAAUGAAAGUAGACAAAACCAGCUACAAUUAAAUUGGGUCUUCAGCACAUUUUUUUGACAGGAGAAGUGUAAGUUUAAGCUUUCUGAGAUCAUCUGACAUUCUAAGUAAAAUAAAGAUUUUAUUCAUUCACGGACAGUCGUUCUGUUUCGUCACGCAACGCUCUCCUCCCGUAGCCGGGAUCAUUGUGUGACGAGCGAAACUCGAGUAGCGUGCGCUCGUGCCAGUGAGAGAAUCGGCUAAAUGACGCGCAAAGUACUUUGCUACUAAACUGAGAAACUAAAUGCUAAAGAAAAUAGCAAAGUUUGAGGGUGAAGACUGUACGCACAACUAAAAAGAUGAUUGGGUAGUACCUUAGGUGGCUUUAAACGAGGAAUAUUCAAGUGCGUAGAUCUAAACUAAAAGCGAUGCAAAAUGCUUAGGUGGUAUUAGGCUUUGUGCCCUUUAAAUUCGCCACUUACCACGUAAACGAGGAUUAAGGGAAGCGUUUAUCUGCUCCGUAAGCCCUGCCAGCCACGAUAACUAUCCUAUUUUAAAAUCUUGCGAUCUCCUGUUAAGAAAUCCAAUGUCGGGCACUGAAGCCUCGUUCUCCUCGUUGUCCAAAACAACACAUUUACGACUCCAUCACCUUCCACCGUGUGUUUUCGUUCCGCGUGCUUUUGUGUGGCGCUAAAAGUUUUAAACUUUCCAGUACAUAAACAACAUUUCUGUGAAAACGUAAAGCACAGAUCCAUGUCGUUGUCAGCUAUAACUGAUUCGUUAAUUUUCCUGUAGCAAACUAGAAAUUUGUCGAGGAACAUUCCUUGUCAAUCACAUAGGUUAUGAGAAUAAAGGACGUGAUCACACAGCGCUUGAUAUAGAAGAACUUCUCCUAACCAUUUAAGAGGGAAAUGUGUGAGGACAGGAAAUAGGAAUUUACUUUUGAUAUGUGGGUUAAGUACGGGUGUUCUUGAAACAAUGGAUUCUGUUCUGUUUAGAGACCAAUUCUUACCUACCAUGUGCUAUCUUCCAAAACGGAAGUCUUUUCCCGUGAAUGGAAACAUGGACUCAAAAGAGCGAGAGGAGUUGUGCAAAAAAGGAGAGCGAGUAUUCCGAGUAAGGGAUGGAAAGUAUCGUUCAAGAGCGCAUUGAAAAAGAGAGAAAAGAAAGCAAAAUAAGGCAUGGCAGAGGAAAAAAUGGGAGGAAGGAUUGUAGAAUAAGAACUUUCGUGUACCAGAAAGAGAGGAGUUGCCACAAGACGAGAAGAAUUAUGAGAAGACUCGUGGACCAGAACUACAGAAGAUGCCAGAAGAGGGAGAGGAGAAUGAAAAGGUUCGAGAACCAGAAAGUGAGAAGGUGGCAGAACCACUGGCCGCAAACAAGAAACGGAUCGAGGACAACAAACUAUCUCCAGAGGCAAAUACUUUUUCCAGAGGCAAGGUCAGGGUCAAUUUAUCAUAUUCGAAGUUAAAACGGAAAGGUCAUACCGAAGAGAAAUACGUGCCGGCCGAAAAAAUUUCACGGAAACAAAUCGAAGUUAGCUCCAGAAAAAAUAGCAUCGGUAAGAACUCAGAAGCUCUUGCGUUUAAUGAGAUCAAUAGGUCUUUGCUGAAAGUGGAUAAAAGCCAAAAAAUUGGAAACGGAACCUUCGGGAACUGCUACAUCGCCCUAUACCGCAAUGAAUACCGCUUUGUUGCUAAAGAAAUGAAAAUAAUUGAAUCCCCAAAGAAGACAAGGGAGGAAGUGUGGCGAGAAGCAUCGGCAAUCACUAGAAUUGGAGACCAGUGGGGAAUCCCUCUUCUGUUUGGUGUUUCCACAGAUCGGGCACCAUUUUAUCUGGUUCUACAGUUCCACACUUUACGUAGUGAAAGCGUAACACCUUUUAAGGCCGCUUCGGAAAAAGUUAUUCAAGAUGUUGCCAUGUGCGCAAAUAUCUUAAAGUAA